AUGGUGGUGUCGUAUAAAAGGAUCGUUCUGUUCCUGGAGCCUGUUGCUGAUGCUGUGGAGCUGACUCGCUUCCUGCUCGGAUGGAGGAUGCCGCUGUUUUCUCUGCUUGUCUGUAUAUUUCUGAAUAUUUUCUUCUUUACUGUAAAUGAAGUGGGCUGGUUCACAGUGACAAUGGUGGCUGUGUCAUUGCCUGCUGCCCUGGGUUACCUGCAGGACAGGUGCAUGGGCAGAGCAUCAGAAGCAGAGCUGCAGAGGAGGCGUCACCACGCUGUGCACCGCAGGGACCUGCACAAUGUCAACAUCACAAAACAAGAGGCGAUGAUGGAAGUCAAAGAUCUGUUAAAACACCUGGAUGACCUUCUAUCUUCAGUCUGUCAGUGUUCAGAGGCCGUUUACAAAGUCCUCUAUUGGGACGACUACACUACUUCAUCAAGAUUUUAUGGAGGGCUUUUGAUAGUUGUUUGUUUGCUAUACAUCUCUCCUCUGGGUUGGGCACUUGCGUGUCUCAACAGCUUCAUUUUUUUGUGGAACAAUGAGUUCUGCAGAGUUUUGCUGAACCUGAAAAAUGUUUUCUUUAUGGGGUCAACACAAUACUCUGAGGGAGCGUCCGAGGCACAGGAUUAUAGCCACUUAAUAGAAACGCCCACACCAACCAGUGUGGAGGACUUGUCUCCCGGAAGUGUAGAAGAAGCUGAGGAGGCGGAGCCUGAUGAGGACUUCAAAGAUGCUAUUGAGGAGGGUUCAGUUUCUCUACAGGAGGAUGACGACAGUGGCCUUGGUGCACCAGAGUUCGACACCAUUUCUGAAAAUGGUCUGUUGAGUCGGAAUGAGCCCAUUCGCAGUAAAGUGUCAAAACUUACAGAGAGACUCCGCAAGCGCUACCCAGCAACCAGUGCAGGAAACUGUUCGAGCUGUAACGCAGUGUUCUCAGUGCUGAAGAAAAGGAGGAGUUGCAGUAACUGUGGAAACAGCUUCUGCUCACGAUGCUGUUCGUUUAAGGUGCUGAGAUCUUCUAUGGGGGCAACCGCUCCAGAGGCCCAAAGAGAGACUGUGUUUGUCUGCGCCACAUGUAAUUCUUCACUCGUCAAGUUGCAAUGA